GAUAUGGGGAGACGAUAGAGAUGAGGAGGUGAGUGAGAUGGCGAGGGAUUUGGCAGACGAUAUGCUCCAGGGAGUCGGCUAUAUUAGAUGAUGAAGGACACUGAGGUCGGUCUACUACAGCUGCACAAAAAUGCAUUUGGCUACAGUAAAAAUGGUUAAUCUGUGCAGACACUAGACUGCAGUAAACCUGCUUCAGCUGUACAAACACUGGCCUGGAGGACAAAUGUCUUAGCUGCACAGACACCAGUGUGCAGAGUAAAUCUGCUGUGCAGAUGGCAGAUUGCAGUUAAAGGCCUGCAGUAGGAAUGCUUCAGCUGAGCUCCUGUACAAUCGAGCAUUGGUUAUAAGUGUGAAUCCACAUCCCUCACCCAGCUGUGCUGCAAGUACAAGAAAAGGCACUCGGUUUGCGAUGCAGAUGCGAGCUGUGUUAAUGGUGCACGUAUAGGUUUGCAUGUGCUGAUGUAUGUGGGAGACCUAGGUCUGUCUGUGACCACUGGAUAUGAAAGUGGGGCAGAAAGGCGUCUGCAGAUGAUUAGUUGAGCAGAGAUGAUACCGAGGAUAAAAAACAGCUCCGGAAUAUGCUGUUUGAUGGCCUACUGGCCAAUCGGAUGCGAGGAGUUAGCUUGGGUGGCCAAUGAGAGAGCAGCGUGCUCCUUGCUGUGAGCUUAUAAGGUAUGGGGGCAGGGAGCUGAAAUGCUGAACCAAACAAAGAGACACAUCAGUGUGCACUGCCUUUCCGGACGCCCUGCCUUCUUGCACUGUCCUCCCCUUCGCCUUGUCUGUCCUCACACCCUGAGCAGCCAUGCCUGAGUGCUGGGAUGGGGAGCAUGACAUCGAGACACCCUACGGCAUGCUGCACGUGGUCAUCCGCGGGGCAGCCAAGGGCAACCGGCCGGCCAUCCUGACCUACCAUGACGUGGGCCUCAACCACAAGCUGUGUUUCAACACCUUCUUCCAAAAUGACGACAUGCAGGAGAUUACCAAGCACUUUGUGGUGUGCCAUGUAGAUGCUCCCGGCCAGCAGAUCGGUGCAUCCCAGUUACCCCAGGGGUACCAGUACCCCACUAUGGACCAGCUGGCAAGCAUGCUGACCAGUGUGGUGCAACACUUUGGAUUCAAGAGCAUUGUGGGAAUUGGAGUUGGGGCUGGCUCCUACAUCCUGGCCAAGUUUGCUCUGAUUUAUCCAGACCUUGUGGAGGGUCUGGUUCUGCUGAACAUCGACCCCAAUGGCAAAGGUUGGAUUGACUGGGCAGCGACCAAGCUGUCUGGACUGACCAGCGCUCUGCCUGACACCAUCAUGUCACACCUCUUCAGCCAGGAGGAGCUGAUGAACAACACAGAGCUGGUGCAGUGUUACCGGCAGCAGAUCAACAACACCAUCAACCAGUUCAACCUGCAGCUCUUCUGGAACAUGUACAACAGCCGUCGGGAUCUGGAAAUGAACCGUACGGGGUCUGCCGUGAAUGCCAAGACCAUCCGGUGCCCUGUCAUGCUUGUGGUCGGUGACAAUUCCCCAGCUGAAGAGGGAGUGGUUGAAUGCAAUUCCAAGCUGGACCCCACUAAUACCACCUUUCUGAAGAUGGCUGACUCCGGUGGACUGCCCCAAAUCACACAGCCUGGAAAACUGACUGAAGCUUUCAAAUACUUCCUCCAGGGAAUGGGUUAUAUUGCUAAUAUAAAGGAUCGAAGGUUGAGUGGGGGGCCAGUGCCCUCAGCCAGCAUGACCCGCCUGGCACGCUCGCGGACGGCCUCCCUGACCAGCGCCGGCUCUGUGGAGGGCUCACGGUCCCGCCCCUGCACCCAUUCGGACAGCAGUGACGGAGUGGGUCAGCUCAACCACACCAUGGAGGUCUCCUGCUGAGCCCCACGGGGGGCCUUACCAGGGGUGGGGGUGUCAUUAGAGACGGCCGCCGGCCUCUUCUGUUUUCCUCGACACACUCCUUUCCUCCUUCCCUCCCUCCCUCCCUGUUUCUUCCUUGCUGUACCCCUCUAUGAAUACUUCUGUUUGUAAUGUCAGGACAUGUUUUUCCCAUUUUGCCCACUGUCCCCUCGACACGCAGACCACCCAUUCCCUGCCGCGUCAUGCUCUAUCUAUGCCUGCUUCUUGUCCCUUUAACUUCCUCUGUAUUGCUGUUGGGGGUGGAGGAAGAGAACGGUAAUGCACAAAUGUGAACCUUUCUGAAAUUCUUGGGGUGAUGCUCAUUGGAAACUACAUAGCAGUGUGUAAGGUUCUCUCUCUCUCUUUGUCUCUCUCUCUCACACACACACACACACACACACAGGUUUGUAAAGUAUAUCUUUGUGGGGAGUCUCCAUUUAUUUCUAUGGGGAAAACGCUAAUCGCAACAUGAUGACCUUAACCCCUAUCCAGCUCUAACCUUAACCAUAAGUAACCAAACAAAAUACGAGAGUUUUGGCAUUUUAACCUUUCUUGAUUUCAUUCACAGACCUGAAAAAUGGUCCCCACAACGUCAAAAAAAACUGUUUGUAUUACAUUGUGGUGGAUGGGAUAUUUCCUCCCCACAAUGAAAUAUAAGCCUAAUCCCCACACACACACACACACACAAUAUGUCAAAGCUUCUGAUGGAGUCAGGCAGCUUCCCCGAGGGCCGUACUGUAGCAGUAACCUCUGGAGUUCUCAGGAGGCCUGUUAGAAGCCCACUGAGCCAUUCUGUAGCACAGACUUCACAUUCUGGAUCUGGAUUGAUGGUGGAGGUGUAGACAUGUGAGCAGGGCACAUCCUGGGUGAUGGCAGCGACCCUGUAUUUCAGUGAUUUCCUAUUAAAGCAUCACAUCACUCACGAAGCACAGCAUCACAGUAUCAGGACAGCGUCACUGAGCAAGACAGUCAUGCUCAAAGAAUGUGACCCUGGUUGGAAAUGUAGUCACUGAGGCAUGAAGAUCACAGAGGUUUUCAUCCUUCAUCGUAUCAGACAGUGGCCCUUGUGUUGAGGGGAGUAAGUUGCUGCAUUACACUGAACUCGGACCAUUGCAGUGGAAAUCGUUGACUCAGUCAUGUCACAGACUAGGACAUGGGACAAACGCAUGGCAUGUGAAUCAGAGAAAGGAGUCGGUCUUUGUGACAUAUGAAUCCAUAACAUCCCGCCUCCAUAUCUCCACCUGCAGAAGACCUUACAUGGUACUGGACCCAAGGAGCUCCCUGGUGCCAGUGGGUCCACACAGGGAUGUGUGUUGCCACAGAUGGGCAGGCCAGGGUCUCCACAACAAAGACAAUCACCUCCCCGCUCAAACCAAACCGGGCCUUGGAGCCAAGCAGAACUCACUGGCAGCAGAGAGUCCCGUGGGUCAGUGCCAGUCAACCAGCCCCUUCCCCUGUAGUACCUGGUCCUUACUACGAUGAUCAUACCAAAGCUAGGCACUUGAAUGGUGGCUGGGCACUACAGGAGAACUGGAGUGUAUCUGCAUGCAUGUCUGCUAUUACCCAGCAGAAGAACGCCAUCAUUUACAUUACAAACAUCAUUAUAAGACACAUUAUAGGGAAACAACUAAAUGGCCCAUAAGCAUGCAACUACAUCAAGGCAUAUUCACAUUUUCUGUGAGGGCGGAGAACUUUGGACAAUGUUUCACUGAAUUAAAAAAACACAUUUCACACUAAAGGAGAAACAGGCAUAAAAUCUUUACUGCCCUUUUAGAGACAUUUAGAGAAAUUUUCACAGUUGUAUUCAGUAUGAAAAUUGUGGUGUUUUUCUUAUCGCAAAUGUGUCAGUGUAUACAGUAUAUCCUCAUCACAGGCUAACUUCUCCAACACUGGAAGCCACUUUCAUACAGGAUUCACUAUCACCUUCUUUCACUUUCAGAGCAGUUUUUCCCAACCUGGUCUUUGGUUGGAAAUGGUCCAUGUCCAUGUUUUACGUCCCUUCCUCCCACCCUACCAAAAUGAUGGACUGAAGGUCCCCGAGGACUAGGUUGGAAAUCACUGGCAUAGACGAUCUUAGCCUGGUGUUCUUGAUGACAUGCUGGACUGAGUCACAAAUUUCACACAUUAUCAUUUCAUUCAUUUAAGAGGCUUCAGGACUGUAAGCGCCCAUGUGUCAUUUAUCAGCCCUCACAUUCACGUCACGCUACAGGGACCGACUUGGGGAUGUGGGUGUGUUCUUUAAGGAGUUUGUGGAGAUGUGACAGUGAGUCGUGAUAAAAACUGCCGGACACACGAACACAAACAAGAUUCCCACUAACUUUAUUAAGUCUCAUUUUGCUGAUACUCUUGGCUCUCUUAGGAUUGUGAUUUGGUUAUUUGGUUAUUUGGUUACGGGGCGUUUUGUCAUACCAUGAGAUCCUUAUCACUGCCAUGCCAUUCCAAGGCCUCUCCCAAACCACUGCAAAUUUCUGACCCUGUUAGAUUUCCCAAUACAUGAUUAAAAUACAGUCACGGGUCUUUAUUAAAAGUAGUCUUGAGUCAUCUGUACUAUCAUUACAGCACCAGUGCUGUGAGUUUCUAUACACCAGAUCUUAAAGGUGAUCUUAAAGAGGUUAAGGUUAAAGGUGAUCUUAAAGAGGUUAAGGUUAAAGGUGAUCUUAAAGAGGAUGACAGCCACUCCUCAGCUGCAUACCCAAGCUGACGUUGCUGCUUUAUGAAGCUCUACGUAAGGCUAUCAAAUCAUGUGACUCUGUAUGUCAGAAUGGUGUUUAGUGCGAUUAAGGAUUCAAUGGAGAGCACCUGCUGCUGAGCAGGCCUCAGUGCUGCCUGGAGGCCCCUGUCCCACCCAGUAGGAGGUGGGGCCCUGGUCAGCUGUAAACUGGUGCGUUCUUCCUUUCCAGGCCAUUUUAGUCCCACAUCUGUCUGAAUGUUGAUCGUAAAGUGACGCCCUCGAAAGCUGGGGGGGGGGGGGGGGUCCAGUAAUCUGUCUACUGGGCAAACAUUUGUGUCUGCAAGGGGUGGAGCUUUAUGGAGCAACUCACUCCAAGCUUGGAAUGUAAGGCAACAUCCAACCCCACUGCCUCCCCCAAAAAUGUCGGUGCCCCGCCACUCACAGACACAUCUAACCCAAGAAAGGGCUAUUAGCUGACGUAACCACUUAGCAACCCAGCACCAGUUCACAGCUGCCAGGAUCGCUAAGAGAGAGUCUCUUGCUAAAUGGUCUUAGUGUUGCCUACAUUUCGCAGAGAGAACGUGACUGUCAUCUGCUCUUGAGAAACUGACUGCUAUGCUCGUGUUUAAAUAGCACUUGAGUGCAGAGUUUUGUGUCUUCUCUGUGACCAUAAGCCAUACUUCUAACAGAGCCCUGAUUGCUCCAGUGCUCCCUGUCACCCUGUAAUGCUGGCUCGGGGUGUGACUUUAUCCUCAGUGGUCCUGUGUCAGUGUCGCUCCCCCUCUAAUACCUGAGCUCAGCCCAGACUCUCUGCUAGCCCAUUAUCAUUGCUCUGGUGUACUACAUUUGCCAAGAGUGUAAUUCAGCAGCAAAAUGUUUCCCCACCCUGGUGUCAAUGUUGCAGCCUCCUCGUUGCUGUUUUGGUUGGACAAAAGGACCUGUUAACUGUUAGCGCCAGUGAACAAGGAUGUCAAGAUCUUCAUUCAGAAAUUGGGGGAUGAGUAGGGCCAGAGGUACUUGAGGAGGAAUUAAGGAAAUUGCUUGGCUGUUGAAAGUGAGCUGGUUUAUUUCAGAGGUGUUGGGUGCCGGAUGGGAAAGGGGGCUGUUUGUUUUCACUGUCAGACCAGGAACCAAGUUUUGUGUGCUAAUGUUUUGGUCCUUGUAAGUGAUCCAUCAGGAGAACUGAAUAGCCUGUGGCUCUUAAAAACUAUAUACGCUGUGGGAGGGGGUGUACAAAUCAGUGUAAAUAAUGCAGUAAUUAUACAGUGCUAAAGCAAAAUGUCUAUUAGCUCAGUCCUGUAAACACAUUUUAGGUAUCUACUGCUGAGUUCCAGGUGGAGGUUAUUCUGUGCAGGAUCCGCUGUUUGAGAGACAGACAGGUGCAGGGCAAUCUGUGUAAGGGACAGACACGUACAGAACGGUCUGUGUGGGGGACAGACGUGUGCAGGACGGUCUAUGUGAGGGACAGACGUGUGCAGGAUGGUCUAUGUGAGGGACAGACGUGUGCAGGACGGUCUAUGUGAGGGACAGACAGGGGCAGAAUGGUCUAUGUGUGUGACAGACAAGCACAGGACGGUCUCUGUGAGCAACAGACAGGUGCAGGACAGUCUGUAUGAGUGAUAGACAAGUGCAGGAUGGUCUGUGUGAGUGACAAACAGAUGCAAAACAGCCUAUAUGAGGGACAGACAAAUGCAGAACGAUUUGUGUGAAGAACAGAGAGGUGCAGAACAGACUGUGUGAGUGACAGAUUCAGGAGAGUCUGGGUGAGCGACACAGAUGCAGGAUGGUCUGUGUGAGUGACAGACAGGUGCAGGAUGGUCUGUGUGAGCAAAAGGCAGCUGCAGGACCGUGUGUGAAUGACAGACAGCUGCAAGGCAGUUUGAGUGAGCUACAGAAAGGUGCAAGGACGAUCCGUGUGCUUCAAAUCUGAUUGGCUGGCUGACUGUAAAGGACACAUUAUACACACAUGACCCGAAUGAAGCUCUAACACAUUGCGAGUGCCCUAACCCUCUCCUGUCUAGGCCUGGGCUCUACUGUCCACGGUCUCUCCUAGCUUUAGAUACCUGCUGUGUUUAAGACAAGCUGAAUAAGAAAGGUAAUACAAUGUAAACUAGUGCAGAAUUCUAACAAAUACCACGUCUUCUUCUCUGCCCUCCUUGAGGUCCUUUGUUUUUAUAUUAUAAAUAGUAUUAUCCAGUGGUUUAUCUGUUUCUGUGGGGUGUUAUUAUUACUCUUAUUGUUACUGAUCAUUGUUACUAUUAUACUUAGAGACUAUUUUGUAUUGAGCAAUAAGUUGUGGUGUUCUCUAACUGUCCUGUUGUGUGGGCGUCUCCCAGAGCUUCACUCCGCCCACAAAUAGUAGUUCUCACUGUAACCUGCUUUAACAUAAUAAAUUUAAAAGGUGUGAACAUGAAUAUAACUUUGCCGUUACUUAUACAUGUACUGAACAUAAUCAAAAAUAAAGACAUUUCUCGCAA